AGGAACCGUCCCUGGGCCCCCGCCCCGGCGCGGAGACCACCGUGGACCUCCGGGGACGGGAGGCCGCUCUGGCCCCAAGCGGAGCCUCUCGCUGGUAGACGGGUUCACAGGAGCCACUCUGGGCGCAGCGCGGCGGAGCUGCUCGAUGCUCCCGCCGGAAGUGCUCUUCACCGCCUGCCUCCCACCCGGCUCUCUGGUCCCGGCGGUAAGAUGGCGGCUGCCGCGGAGUGCGAUGUGGUAAUGGCGGCGACCGAGCCAGAGCUGCUGGACGACAACGAAGCCAAGAGGGAAGCGGAGACUUUCAAGGAACAAGGAAAUGCAUACUAUGCCAAGAAAGAUUACAAUGAAGCUUACAACUAUUACACAAAAGCCAUAGAUAUGUGUCCUAAAAAUGCUAGCUAUUAUGGGAAUCGAGCAGCCACCUUGAUGAUGCUUGGAAAGUUUCGGGAAGCUCUUGGAGACGCACAGCAGUCAGUCAGGCUGGAUGACAGCUUCGUCCGGGGACAUCUACGAGAGGGCAAAUGCCACCUAUCUCUUGGAAAUGCCAUGGCUGCAAGUCGCAGUUUCCAGAAGGCCCUAGAACUGGAUCACAAAAAUACUCAGGCACAGCAGGAGUUCAAGAACGCUAAUGCAGUCAUAGAAUAUGAGAAAAUAGCAGAAACGGAUUUUGAGAAGCGGGAUUUUCGAAAGGUUGUCUUUUGCAUGGACCGUGCCCUAGAAUUUGCCCCUGCUUGUCAUCGAUUCAAAAUUCUCAAAGCAGAAUGCUUAGCCAUGCUGGGUCGUUAUCCAGAAGCACAGUCCGUGGCCAGUGACAUUUUGCGAAUGGAUUCCACCAACGCAGACGCUUUGUACGUACGAGGUCUUUGCCUUUAUUACGAAGAUUGUAUUGAGAAGGCAGUUCAGUUUUUUGUGCAGGCUCUCAGGAUGGCCCCUGAUCAUGAGAAGGCCUGCAUUGCUUGCAGAAAUGCCAAAGCACUUAAGGCAAAGAAAGAAGAUGGGAAUAAAGCGUUUAAAGAAGGAAAUUACAAGCUAGCAUAUGAAUUGUACACAGAAGCCCUGGGGAUUGACCCCAACAAUAUAAAGACAAAUGCUAAACUCUACUGUAAUCGGGGUACGGUUAAUUCCAAGCUUAGGAAACUAGAUGACGCCAUAGAAGACUGUACGAAUGCGGUGAAACUCGACGACACAUACAUAAAAGCCUACUUGAGAAGGGCUCAGUGUUACAUGGACACGGAACAGUAUGAAGAAGCAGUGCGGGACUAUGAGAAGGUGUACCAGACGGAGAAAACAAAAGAACAUAAACAGCUCCUGAAAAAUGCACAGCUGGAACUGAAGAAGAGUAAGCGGAAAGAUUACUACAAGAUCCUGGGCGUGGACAAGAACGCCUCCGAGGACGAGAUCAAGAAAGCCUACCGGAAACGGGCCUUGAUGCACCAUCCAGAUCGGCACAGCGGAGCUAGUGCUGAAGUUCAGAAGGAAGAGGAGAAAAAGUUCAAAGAAGUCGGAGAAGCUUUCACCAUUCUCUCUGAUCCCAAGAAAAAGACUCGCUACGACAGUGGGCAGGACCUGGAUGAAGAGGGCAUGAAUAUGGGUGACUUCGAUGCAAACAAUAUCUUCAAGGCGUUCUUCGGUGGUCCUGGGGGAUUCAGCUUUGAAGCGUCUGGUCCGGGAAAUUUCUUUUUCCAGUUUGGCUAGUGAAGGGACGCAAGCCAGACCCAGAAAAUGCAGACUUGCUCAGUGUAACCUUGAAUGUGGACACAGUUGCCCUGCUCCCUUCAGACUCCACGUGCUAGAGCAGUUUCGUUUUCUCAGUUGGAUCCCGUGUCUGUGAGUGGGGUGACGGAAGAGCCAGCGCCCAAGACUGCGGGGAGGGGAGGGAGGCGGGGGGCAGAUAGGGAGGCAGCUUGUGAAUUUUUUGUUUUACUGUUUAACUUUAUUAAAAAAGGAAAAAAAAAGUUAAAGAGAAUAAAAUUGUUUUGACCAUUUCUGGCGCUUUGCUCUGGCAGCUGCUUUGUGUCAGGCCAGAGUCAGUGAGCCAGAGCCGAGCCUGCAGCCAGGAUCAGAAGGUGACAGGGACGCGAUAAAGCACGCGCCCCGAUAGAGCCGCGGGCACCCACCUGUUGGCAGGUAGAAUGCUGCUGCGCCCCGCCUGAAGGCAGUUACAGGAGGGGUUCAGCUUAUCUUACAGUGGGGCGCACACAUGCAGGGGUGGUGGCUGGCGGGCAGGGCUGGCCUGGAGGGGCUGAGGAGCGAGCCGCACCCAGUGCUGCUCAGGGCUUACUCCUGGCUCCGCACUCAGGAAUCACUUGUGGCAGGGCUUGAGGGAACUGAGGGGCUGCGGAUCCAACUCGGGUCUGCUGCAUGCAAGGCAAGCACCCUGCCUGCUGUGCUGUCACUCCGGCCUGGGCGGCUGACAUGGGCUCUUGAAAUGCCUGCACAGGCUCACAGGGGUCAGAGAUGAGAAUUGAUCCUGACGCCCAGACCAACUCCUGGGCCAGACAGUGGCUCCCGUGAAGGAAGCCCCUGCCUUAUCCGAGGGCCAGCUGGGUGGGGGCUUUGUCUGCUACUCAGGUGACACCUAGCAGGAGCUCCAGGCAGAGUGUGCCUUUGACGACAGCUUAGAUUGUCGCAGAUAUGGCCGGGGAAGACCUUGAACCAAGUAGGAUUAUGUGAUUUACUUUCUAGCCUCUGUCCCCUUCCCUCAGGUGUCCCCGUUAGCAGCAAGGCCACAGUGAGGCAACCCAUCAGUCCGGGAAAUGCCACAGAGCUGCCCGUGCCCCUGCUGCUGGGAGACGCACCCCGUACCGGCGCUCCUGCAUCUGCACAUUUGAGGGGGCCAGGUGAGCCGGACCCCCAGGUCUCGCUGAGACGUCCUGGUGCAUUGGGCCAGACGCACCUGCGGGUCUGUGGCCAGCCGUUGAUGGGGGACAGGCCUGUGCUGCGUGCAGCCCAGCCCCCAGCAGCCUCUCCUUCCCCAUGAAAGCCACACUGUUCGGCUGCCCCGCCUCACCACAGCUGGGCCCAGCCAGCGCAGGAGACAGGACCGAUGGCCCCAGCCGGGCCGGAGGGCGACAGAGACUGCACACAGCCGGGAUUAACGUGGUUUAUUCAUUAGCAGUCUUACAGGUCACUGAGGCUGGGCAGAGCCACCACAGUAUCAUAAGUCCCAACCACUUUUGUCGGGUGACAUCCUGAUUAGCAAGGCCCUGUUAACCGAGCAGAGAGGUGGCAGGGGGGGCAGCACCCCAGAGACCACAGCACACGUAGCAGUGUUAGUCCCCUUCCCAGAGGCAUCUGGUUAGGCUUGGGCCUCGACAGCCAGGAGUCCGCGCCAUCAGCCUUUGUAGGAGGCACCAAGGAGACAGAUGGCUGGGCGGGUAGCAAGGCCGGAGCUUCCCCCCCGAGGUCACGUCUCGCCUCCAUGUCCCCAGCCGCACACACUGCGGGAGGGAGAGCGUGGGGGAGCCAGGAAGUGGCCGGGACAGGCUGCUUAGGAAACAGGCGAGAGCCCAGGGACCCUCCCCUCAGCCCCACCACUGUUCUCCAUGGCCGUGGAAACCACCAUGUGGGGCCCUGCGGCUCUGACCAGAGUGGGGGACAGGCAGGCACAGGGUGGCGGUGGGGCAGGACGGGGGGGGGCUCCAAGAACUGGAGCAGGACUCAGUGGCGGCUGUGGCACCAGGCCCGGCUCAGUCUGACCUCAUCAGCGUGGGCCGAGGUCCCUGGAGGGCAUCUGCCCACCCCGCUGUGCGGACAGCUGGAGGGUUAGAGGAGGGGGCCUUGUGUCUAACAUUACCGGAAGGUUAACUCGGAGUAACAAAAAGAA